GCGGAGGAGUUGGAGAAGGUUAGGCAACCCUUAUGGGUGAGUGGCGCCACCCUCCUCUCUGACGGGAGGAAGUCACGAGAUGGGCGAUCUAUCGUGAACUUCCUCCCAGCUGGUUCUCGGGGGGUCGUCAUGUACACGACGAUCAACCAAGAGGGGGAGCCGGACAAUGCGGUGCAUGUCCUACAAAGAUGGGUAACCAUCUUUCAUGUUUUCAGAUUCGGUGGCCCACAACGGGUCAAUGCUAUAUGCACUGACUCCGCCUCUAUAUACGUGGGGGCUGCGAAGGCUUUGGCCUUGCCAUCUAUGCCCCCUGAGCUGAGGAGGAUCACUUGGCUCCCGUGUUGCGUCCAUGUCUGCAACAAGUUGUUGUCAGACAUUGGCACGAUCUGCACCUCUUUCGUGGACACGAUCACGCGUGCCCGAGUUCUGGUGGUGUUUUUCAAAACCCACCAGGCCGCUCUCAGCUUCUUUCGGAAGCGGAGUGCGGCGUUGGGCCUCAUGCUUUUAUGCGAGACGCGCUUUGCGUCCGUGUACUCCAUGUUGGAGAGGCUGCUCGCUCUGCAGGAUCGUUUGCAGGGCAUGAUGACAGCGGAGGACGGUCGGGCAUGGGCUAGGAUCCCGUGGUCCCCCGAUGUUCGCGACAUGGCAUGUUGGGUGCGCCGACAGAUCAGGUGGUCCCCUUGGUGGGAGAGGAUGCGUGCCAUCAAGCACGUCAUGGAUCCUGUCAUGGACUUGCUGAGGCGGAUGGACUGUGGCGGGCAGUUCAUGUCCCUCAUUGUAGAGUGGACUCGAGAUCUUGCACGCCUUGUGCGGUACGCUUGCAUUCCUCUUGGCCAGUCCUUUUCUGACCGUAUCAUGAGGCGUGUGCAGGCCCGUAUACAGCACAUGCUGGAGCCCGCACACUGCGCCGCGUUCUUACUGAACCCCCGUCGCCGGAAUGUUCAGUACUUCUCCGCGCAGCUCGACCGGUACCACACUUGGCUUGUUCAACAAGCCAAGAGGUAUCUGUUGUCUCAGACGGGCCACGACGAGUCGGGUGGUCGUUACCUUGAGGUAUGUCGGCAGUUCGAGGACUUUCACAUACAGCAGGCGGAGAGGACAUGGCCGGUCCACGAGGGCAUCCAUACGAAGAAGCGUAAUCAGUUGGCCUUCGAGAAGGUCGUUCAUCUUGUUGAGAUCACCGCAAAUGUGCGGUUGAUGGAGUAUAGACGUGCAGGUUGUGGAUACGUCCUCCCUUGGCAGCGAGACGAGGGCAUGCUUGACGCUCAGGCCGGAUUGGACGUGGAGCCUGUGCGCUCGGGGACGAGGAGUGGGAUGACGGAGGAGGAGAUCGAGGAGCAGGCUGCCCUCAUUGCGCGCGAUCCCAUUGGGUCUUCUGCGCCGCCCCUUGUUGAGUCUGUUUUCGGUGCUCGUGCGACUAUCUUCCGCCCAUACCCCAGGGACGAUGACUCUGCGGACGAGAGGGAGUCGGAAGCAGCGGACGACCCGAUGCUUCCCAUCCCGCGUGAUAUUGAUGAGUUGCACGAGGGGGGAGACGUGCGUGACAAGAGGACGCACACCGCGCGGAGGGCGGCAGACCAGCGAGACAUGAAUAUGAUGGGGGGCGAGGAGUUUUGGGGAUCUUUCGGGGGCACGGAGGAGAGAUCACCCACUGCCGCGCGGGAGGAUACGCGUCCUUGCACGACCUUGCGGGAGGAGACGCCUCCUCCCAUGACUGUGAGUGAGGAGCCGGGUCCUGCCAUGACAGUGCGGGAGCGGACGACUGUUUCGUCGACCUCGCAGGACCAGACGCCUGCUCCCACAACCACGCGAGAGCAGACGAGUAUUCCCGCUACGUAGUCCGGACCCUCGUCCCCGUCGCCUCUUUCGCGUCAUUCUAUCCCGGGAUUCCCAGUAUCCGCUCCGCCCGCUCCCGUUC